CGAGCUACUGCAGGUGCAAAGCAGGGCUAGCCGCUGCAGUGAAGCCGAGGAGAAAACACGCAUUUCAUGAUGGCGUCUGCAAAUGCCACAUACGGACAGAAGGAGUCUUCGGACCAGAACUUUGAUUACAUGUUUAAAAUCCUCAUCAUCGGCAACAGCAGCGUAGGAAAGACUUCCUUCCUUUUCCGCUAUGCAGACGACUCAUUCACACCGGCCUUUGUCAGCACCGUGGGCAUUGACUUUAAGGUCAAGACCAUCUACAGGAAUGACAAGAGGAUAAAGCUGCAGAUCUGGGACACUGCUGGGCAGGAGCGUUAUAGGACAAUCACCACAGCCUACUACAGGGGAGCCAUGGGCUUCAUCCUCAUGUAUGACAUCACCAAUGAGGAAUCCUUCAAUGCUGUGCAAGACUGGUCGACUCAGAUCAAGACAUACUCAUGGGACAAUGCUCAGGUCCUCUUGGUGGGGAACAAGUGUGAUAUGGAUGAUGAGCGAGUGGUGGCUGCAGAGAGGGGCCGGCAGCUGUCAGAACAGCUGGGUUUUGAAUUCUUUGAGGCGAGCGCUAAAGACAACAUUAAUGUGAAGCAGACCUUCGAGCGGCUCGUGGACAUCAUCUGUGAGAGGAUGGCAGAGAGUCUGGAUAACAACGACCCGACCAUCACCGGAGCUAAACAAGGCCCACAGCUCAAUGAGCAGCCUCAGAGGUCCCAUCAGGAUUGUGCUUGUUGAACACAGCUACACACACACACAUGUUCUGCUAUUGUGAGAUCUACACAUCUUGUUAGUUUUUUUUGAGUUUCAUUCUUUCUUUUUUUUUGGGUUUGUUUUCAUACCACACACAGAUACUGCCGUACAUAGACAUAAACCUGUUGGCUCGUAAGUUAUCCACCCCUCUCACUACACCACAAGUACUGUCCACAUGAGCCGGCUCUCCCCAAAGUUGUGGUGUUUUCACAAAUACAUCUUGAAGUUUUUGUUAAGUCAGUAGAUGAUGCACAUUCGGUCAGAGGGGUAAAGAACAUUUAACGUGACUACACUUUCAGAAAGUCUUUGAUAGUUGCACACGCACUAUAACAGAACUGUAAAAAGCCAGUCAGGACUAAGACAACAUUGUUCCUUAUUAACGUGUCUGUGAUUGGGUUGAUCUCUAAAAGGUUGUGAAAGGAGCCUUAUUUUCGGCCAGCCUCGGCUUCUGUUGAGCCCAAACACCUCAGACCUAAAUGGAUCAUUUGCAGCUCUUCUGCAUUUAUUCCUACUGAAAAUUUUUGUUGCUGUGUUAGUUGAUGGUUUGUUUUUUAUGUUUUUGAAUUGGUCAGGUGUGGUUUUGAGCAUGUGAAAUCAUCUUCUCAUGUGGUUUAGUUUGAUGUCCUAACAGGGUUGUUUGAAAGUUUUUUUUCUUUUUCUUUUAGGGAAUUAGUGCAAAAAUAUCAUGUUGUUCAUAUCACAGUCCUCUGUACUGAUGGAGUCUAAAAAUGCACUGCUCCUGUUUAACGUUUAGGUUUUUAUACUAAAUGUAGUUCAUAACAAAACUAGUUAACAGAAAAGGUGAGUAUGAAUAUCAUCCUUUGAUAAAAUUUUACAUCUAAUAGGUCAAAAAAAAAAAAGUCACCAUAGGAGGAAAUGUAACAUUCACAGUACAGCUAAUCCUUUAAGCAUGUGUCACAUCAGGGAACCUAUAAAAAACCACCAGGUCAGAGCUGCUGUAUUUAAGAUGUGUUGAUUGGUUUGGUUUCAGAUUAUUGAGCAAGAACUGGAUUACACCAUAAAAGUUGCCAAUACAGCCUGACUGACGUAUGAAGAUGCAGAUGUCACCAUAGGAACAGUGGUUUUAUAACCUUAAAAAUGAGCCAUAAUGUAAGUCAGUGUGCACAGGCGUGUACCAUAUUUACUCCCCUGUACUUAGACAAAUAGCGCUGCACUCCUGAGCUUCAUAUUGUUCUGUAAUAACACUUUUCUGGCCUUUACUCUGCACCAUAACAUAAUCAAGAGAUUGUGACCAUAUUUCACAUUUUGUGCCACCUAUUAAACUCCAGGAAACAGGAAACAAAUGGCAUAUUAGUUCUGUUAUGAAAUACAUUAAUUUUGAAAAUAAUUGUUAACAAUAAUAGAGGUGCAUUUCUUCAUUCUAUGAGUGUGGAGAGAUUUACUUUGGAGCCUGUCUCAGAAAUUCGAAGUGUCUAUUAGCAGAGUUGGACAAAAGUUUGUUUGUUUUUUUGUUUUUUGUUUUUUGGGGGGGUACAGGGUAAAGGGUACAGGACCUAUUUCACUAAAUGAAGAGUGUAUAAAUGUUUUAACAGACAAUAGCUGUGCAUUGUGAAAUGCAUAUGUAGUAUAUAUACAUACAAGUGAGAAUAUUUGAGUAGGAGGUGCAUGUUGUUGUUUUUAAUGGAUGGGCUGGAUGGUUAUUUGUAUGAGCUGUUUGUCUGAUUUGAAAACCCAUCUGUCCUGCAGUUCAAGUACUUGGAGGUACCCAGUGGAGCUAAAGGUUUCAGAUGUUAAGCCCACGGCCUGCUUCACAUUGUAUUAACUUUCAUUCAAUGCGUACAAUGUGCAACAUGCACUCACUAGAAAGGCAUGUGAUUCAAUGUGAGCACUGGUGCAGCACAGUCCUGCCAUCUCCACCAACCCCCAGGUAUCCUGUUAUGUCUUUGUAGAUGAUAUUUGUCUUUUUUUUUCUUUUUUUUUGGCAGAAUGUUUUUAAGCAUGUUAAAUGUUAAAUUGUGAGUCUUUAUUUUUCUCUCUCUCUGAGGCUAAGUAAAGGGACUUGUUUGUGUAUUCAGUACAGACCUGUAAGUCAUGCAUUCACAGAUGUGCUGAGGCAUGCAAAAAAAAAAAAUAGCUUCAUCACAUGAAUUAUUUAUUUUGUAUUAUUUAUAACUUAAUUUAUUUGUAGAGUUCUUGCUAGAUUAUACUUUGCAUUCUGCACUCAACUGUUUGAGAUGUUCUGUAGUAUCCAAUCGCUAAACUGUCCCAGCUUUUUCAAUGACAGCGUGUUUACAGUGCACAGUGUACAAAGCUUGAGAUGAUUCCUCGAGAGGAAAGUUAAACAUUCCAGUGUAAAACCUCUUCUCAUGUCCACAUGACUUUGGUGGGAAGUUUGUUUAUCUUUUGAUACUGGUUAUGUAACUUUUAAGACUAGGUUGAGCAUGGAUAGAACAGUUUUUUUCUUUUUUUUUUUUGUUAUUUUUGACCACUGUCAACACCAUGAAGUCUCACUGAAGGUUUUUAAGCACUGUACUUGGGCGUUUGAAUGUACAGUUUCUAUAAAGACGGUCUUUUUUUUUUUUUUUUUUUUUUUUUUUUUAAGAGGUCUUGAUGAUUCGUUUGAAGCCAAAAAGAUUGCUUGUUCGACUUGUGCUAUCAGACCUGUCCGGUAGCUUUUCUACCCUGUGCAGCAGCUCCAAACAUAGAAAGUGUUUUGGGAAUAAACUGAAUAUGCUGAGCACUUAAUUAAAAAGUGAUUCUUACCACGUUGGUUCACAUUUGACUUAUUUUUGUUACUUUAUUUAUUGUCUUGCUACAGCUGUAAACUUGCUAAUAACUUAGGAACACGCAUCCUCCUGUUCAACCUUCCUCCUCUUCUUUCCUUACCCUGUUACAUAUAACCCAUGUAAAUAGGAACCUUCUGCCCAUCAGGCAUUAGUUAUGUGAAUUGUGCUGUAAGUGUGUAAUUGCCGGGUUUGCUAAAAUGAGGAAUCAAUAAACAACUUCUCAAAGUUGGA